AGACAGUGCCACCUGAAAUCACGCACGCCGCCCUCCGCCGCCUGCUCGCACGUCGCCGCCCGGCCGUCUGGGGUCCAUCGCCCCGCCCUCCUCCGCCGCUGCUCAGCUCCAUCACGCGGCACUACGCCUUCACCCUCGCCCCAGCCAUCCAGCGGGGCCGUAACUAAGCGGGCGUUGCGACCCUCGGCGAGUGGCGCGGCGGGGGGUGAGGUGGACGGAGCCGGGCGCGCGCCUAGUGAGGAGUCAUCCUGCGCCUUCUACCACCACCCUCAGCUUGCGCGCCUCCGGCGAUGUCGGCUGUGACGGGGGACGGCGGCGGCCAGCGAGCGUCCGUCGCGGAGGAGGCGGGGGAUCGCGGGCGCGACGGGGAGGAACAUGAUGAGGAGUUCGAGGAUGAGGAUGAGGAGGAUGGGUACGAGUUCGGCGACGCCGAGGAGGCGAUGCAGUGCGUGGAGAUGGCGGAGCGGAGCGCUGCCGCCCGCGCGCAAGAUUACGAGGCGCUCGCGGCGCGCAAGCGCAAGGCCCUCGCCGAGGAGCUUCCCCCGAGGGAGGAAUGUUCCAAGAGGCCAAGGCAGUAUGAGCUUUCGGAAGCGGAAGCGGCGACCAUAUUUGACCAACUGAUGGAAGGCUUCGGUCUUCGGCGCAAAAGAAAGUCCAAAGAUACCAAGAAAAGGGGAAGAAAGAAAGGAACAAAGAAUAAGUGCAAUCCUGAAGUUAUUAAAAAGUUGGGUGAUGCUACUCUACUUUUUGCUGACAGCAAAUUUAAGGAGGCAAUUCCUAUACUUCAUGAGAUUGUGAGAAUUGCACCAAAUUUUUCAAAUUCAUAUUAUCUACUUGGUAGCAUUUAUAUAGAGACUGGUGAAGUAGAUAAAGCCAUAAACUUCCUGAUGCUUGCCGCAUAUGUCUCCCCAAAGGAUGCAUCUCUGUGGAAGAAACUCAUUCCCUUGGCAUUGAGAAAAAAGGAUGCUUCUCUGGCAAGACACUGUUAUUUAAAAGCAAUGAGGGCAGAUCCAGAAGAUGUAGGACUGAAGUAUGGUUGUGCUAAUAUAUAUCGCGAACUUCAUGACUAUCAGAAAGCUGCUGAGAUAUAUGAGCAGAUAAUUAGAAUUGAUCCUGCCAAUGUAUUCGUUCGUAAAGUAGCAGCACAGAUGUACAGAGAUUGUGGUCAAAUUGACAAAGCUAUUAAUUUGUUGGAAGACUACGUCAAUACUCGAACUACUAACAUUGACUGGAGUGUUCUAGAUUUAUUGAUAUCACUUUAUCUGAGAAAUAAUGCUCUUAGUGAAGCACUAAAGCAGAUCGAGAAGGCACACCUACUAUUGGGAUCUCAACACGAAUUACCAGUACAAUUGCAGGCAAAAGAAGUAAUCUGCCAUGCUUAUCUUGGAGACAUGAAACAUGCUGAGGUUUUCCUUCAGGCUGUGCACUUGGAGCCAUCAGAAGAUGACACUGAUGUAAUUAAGGAGCUUGCUAGCACUUUCGAAAAUAUGGGACAAUAUGAGUAUGCCGUAAAGUUUUACCUGAAGAUUGAAAAUGAUGCUGUUCGUAAUGAUGGUAGUUCGAAUGUCAAAAUCGCUCAGUGCUAUAUGGUCUUAGGGGAGAAAAGAAAAGCUAUUCCUUAUUUUUAUAAAGCCUUACAAAGCAUGAAGGACAAUAUUGAUAUACGGGUAACCUUAUCCUCUCUUCUUAUUGAUGAGGGCAAGACAGAUGAAGCUGUCACUUUGCUUUCUCCUCCCAAAAGUCCAGAGUUGCAGUCUACUUAUACUCCAGACCAACAAAAACCUUGGUGGUGUGAUGGGAAAGUAAAGAUUCAGCUUGCAAAAAUUUACUACAAUAAAGGCAGGCUGGAAGACUUCUUGGACACAAUUUUUCUUCCCAUUCUGAAAACAUUGGAUGUUGAAUAUGCUAAUCGAAAGGUCAGACCAAUGAAAAAGCUUCCAAAUACUGUUCUGCAUGAAAGAGUUAAAGUAUUGGGUGAACAGCGUCCAGAUAGCGUAUUUCAAGGAUUGAGGCCAAUAGCGUCACCUGUGGAGUUACAAAAGGCAAACAGAGCAAAGAAAAUUAUAGAGAAAAGGGCAGCUUCAAAUGUGGAAUUGAAAACUGAUGAUUCGCGAAGAGCAAAGCAGGCUCCUCCUGUUCCUGGUCUACUGACAAAUACAGAGAAUCAUCAGCUCGUGUUAAAUCUUUGUCGAACAUUAGCUUUGCUGCAGCGAUAUUCGGAGGCACUCCAGAUUAUCAACCGCACUCUAAAACUCGGAAAUGAUGCACUCUCCGAUGACAACAAAGAGAAACUCAGAUCCUUGGGUGCUCAAAUAGCGUAUAGAGCUCCAGAUCCCAGUCAUGGAUUUAAGUAUGUUCGUUAUGUAGUUCAGCAGCACCCAUAUUCUGUCUCUGCUUGGAAUUCCUACUAUAAAGUGACAUCAAGAAUAGAGGAUGGGUUUUCACAUCAUUUCAAAUAUAUUCUUCGGACAAGAGAAGAAAAGACUGACUGUGUGCCUCCUAUAAUUAUAUCUGGGCAUCGAUUUACUGCUAUAAGUCAGCAUCAAUCAGCCGCUCGGGAUUACCUGGAAGCUUAUAAGUUGGAGCCUGAAAACCCUCUUAUUAAUCUCUGUGUAGGCACCGCCUUGAUUAACUUGGCCCUUGGCUUCAGGCUUCAGAAUAAGAACCAGUGCAUCGUCCAAGCCUUUGCGUUCCUCUAUAGAUACCUGCGCCUUUGUGGGAACAGUCAGGAAGCCUUCUACAACAUUGCUCGGGCAUACCACCACAUUGGCCUGAAUACCUUGGCAGCCAUUUACUAUGAGAAGGCUUUAGCAACUGAGGAGAAAGAUCAUCCUAUUCCCAAGCUUCCAUACGAGGCUGAUUCAUGUGCGCAGCAGGAUCUGAGGCCAGGGUAUUGCGACGUACGAAGAGAGGCUGCGUUUAAUCUGCACCUAAUCUACAAGAAAAGUGGAGCAACUGAUCUUGCAAGAAGGAUUCUGAAAACAUACUGCAGUGUUUAGGAGUUCUUAUUGUCUAGUGUUGUCGGUCAAAUCCAUACCCUACGUGGGUUCCCGCAGUGCUAUAGGAUCAAGCUAGUCUAUACAGCUAGAACAUUGAUGUAUUUAUAUCAGUAACGUAGAUGAAUAGUUAACGAAGUGCUAGAUCCAAAUGUAAGGCUAUCUCUAACCGAAUCCAAUAGUUUCCUUUUGCAGUUCUUGUUCUCGUU